AUGGAUCUAAUGAUGGGAUCUAAUCUGGUGACAGCUGGAGUAUCAGCCUUGGAAGUAUAUACACCAAAAGAAAUCUUCAUGGCAGUCGGAACCCAAGGGAAGUUGACGUGCAAGUUCAGGUCUACUGACUUGAACAGCAGCUUAACCUCAGUCUCCUGGAGCUUCUAGCCAGAGGGGGCCAAUAUCACUAUGUUUGUUUAUCAUUUUUCUUUGAGGGAAGAGUAUCUCAGAGAUUAUCCACUAUUAAAGGACAGAAUCAGCUGUGCUAGAGAUGUGGGCAAGAAAGAUACAUCAACAAUCAACACAGAAAAGAAGGAUUUUAUUCCCAAUGGCACCUUUAUCUGCAAUAUCAAAACCUCCCCUGACAUUGUUGUCCAACCAGGGCACAUUAGGCUCCAAGUUGUAGAGAAAGAGAGUUUGCCUGUGUUUCCAGUUUGGGUGGGUGGGAUAGUUUCUGCUGUGGUCCUAAGUUUCACUGUGCUCAUGAGUAUGAUUCUGUCUGUCCUCUGUAGAAGGAAGAAUUCUAAAUGUGAUGGGUGGAGAAAAGGAAUCAGAGGUCUAAUCAUAUUUAUGCAGUUAGACCACUUUGACGGACAUCACAGUGACAAGAUUAACAAGUCAGAGUCUGUGCUAUAUGAUGACAUCCAGAAGAAUUAA